AUGGCCGACAAGCCAAAACGCCCCUACCAUCGACGCGAACCUGCCGUCUCACUUCCCAGCAUCUCACCCCCAGAACGUCUCCUCCUCCCCUUAACCUCCAAAUCCAAGCGAUUCAAAGGUCCAAUUUCAGGUCCAAAUGGAAGGCAACCACUACUCUUCCGCAUCUCCACAUUCGCAAAUCACAAUUGUGGACAAGGACUCCUCGCAAACCAAGCUAUAUCCGCGGGAUCUCAGAUAUGGGAGGAGAAACCUAUUUGGACUGGUCCUACGGCUGUUUUGGGUAUGAAGCCAAGUAAGGAAUUGGAGGAAAGUUUAGAGACGAGUUUUAAGGGGGUGACGAAGGAGGAGAUGAAGAUUUUGAGGGAGAUGGGGAAUAAUCAGGAGUUUGUGGCGGUGGAUGAGGGUUUUUUGGAUACGCCUUGGUUAGGUCUCGUAAAAACAAACGCCAUCCCCCUGACCCAUAACACCACCUCCCCUCACCACAACACCCUGGGGAUCUUCCUCUCCUACCUCUCCAAAUUAAACCACGCCUGUAAACCCAACACACUCCAAACUUACGACAGCUCCCGCGAUCUCCUUCUCCUCUACGCCAUCACCGACAUCGCCGAAGACGAAGAACUAACCAUCUCCUACAUCCCCGACCUCCGUCUCUCAAACCCUUAUUUGAAGAAGUAUUUCGGAUUCACUUGUUGGUGUAACAAUUGGUGUCGGUAUCCUGAAUCCAAGGGGAAGAAGAAAGCGCAAGAGAGAGCGGUGUUGGUUGAUAGAUUGUGGACGAAGAUCCAUGAGGAUGUGGUAGGGGAUGAGAAGAUUGAGUUGGGGACGACGAUGAUGUUGGGACGGUGUCUUUGGGGGUUGUUGGUUGAUGAGGGAAUGGAUACUGAUUUUAGGAUUGCGAGGUUGUUUUUGGAUUGCAUGAGGCUUAUGGGAUAUGUGAAGGAUUUGGUUAGGUUUGAGGAUUUUGCACUGCUGGCACAUAAAGCAUACCUCUCAUGUACAGGUCCUUCGGCGCCCGAGGUUGAGCGCAUCAAAACCGAAAUAUCAGUGCUUAGUGAGAAGACGUUAAGCGAUGAUCAGUGGAAGAAGUAUUUGAAGGAGAAAUACACUGUUUUGGAUGGUAGAUUCACAGAGGACCCGUCGGAUGAGGUUAUGGAUGAACUCUUUCACAGGGAGCUUUGGGCGGAGAAGUAUGCUAAAGGUGGGUUGGAAGCGGAGAUUGACAAGCUGAUGGGUUUGGAUGCUGGAUCAGUUAAGGAAGUGGUAAAGGUGGAGGUUUCGGAUGAAGAAGUGAGGUCGGAAGCUUCAAAUGAAGAGGUGAUGGAAGAGGAGAACUUGGAUGAAGAAGUGGUGGAAGAGGAGAAUUCGGAUGAAGAGGUGAGGUCGGAGACUUCAGAUGAAGAAAUGGUGGAUGAGAGUGAGUAG